AUGGAUAAAUCUCUCUAUGACGCUCCCGUGCACCGGAUGUUGAUGGAACCUGAGAGAUACGCGACAUCUUACACGUCACAUCCGCAACAAAUAGAGACGCCCGGAGGUUUCCAAUGUGAAUUAUGUAACAAAAUGUUCAAGUCGAAAGGAAACUGGAAGCUGCACAUGAAGACGAUUCAUUCAGAAUCUGGGAUGUUCACGUGUAGCAAAUGUCUACAAGGCGUCUGCCCAGACAUUCCGAAGCGAUCCGAGUAUUUCAAAAUAUCCGUUGGCGUUCCGACGUUAACGUACGUAUUACCGGCUCACGACAGAUUGAAUACAGCCAACAAACCGGAAUUCACUUGCCCGGAGUGCGGGAAAAUGUUCGGAUACAAAAACAGCCUGAAAGUUCAUAUGGACAGCAUUCACGUGCAAGAAAAAAGAUUUGUAUGUCCCACGUGCAAUAAAGGGUUUAGAAGGAAACAUCAUUUACAGGGUCAUAUGAUAACCCACAUGAAGCCGUAG